AUGGGUUUACAAAGAACACUAAAAGGGCAGCGUACAACAACAUUUCCGCAGAGCAUUCCUGGGAACGGCUUGAACAGAAAGCUGCCCGGACAUGUCCAUGGUUUCUUUCCGCAAACAACUUCACCAAAGGGGGAAGCUCGCCACUGCGCGGAUGCGGUGCAGGGAAUAGAGGGCAGCUUAUCAGCUCGCUGUUAUACUGAUACAGCACAGAGAGGGAGAGGGCAGUUCGCCACUACGCUGAAACAACCCUACAUCGAGAGCGUUGGGCUAUUUUCGAGGGGAAUUCGAGCAUCAAGAGGGCAGCGCAGACUGAAAGAUACACAGAAGAGUAGCGCAGCUGCCUUGAGUGUUGGUGAUUUCGUGCUUCACCACUCAUAUAUCGAAUUGCUCAAGGAAUUCAAAGACAUCUUUGCAUGGUCUUAUAAGGAAAGGCUGGGAUUGAGAUCCAAGAUAGAUGUUCACCAUUUAGCCGUUAGAAAGGAUGCACGACCAGUCAAGCAGGCUCAGCGUCGAUUCCGACCAGAAUUGGUUCCUCUAAUCGAAGCUGAAGUGAACAAACUCAUCGAUGUGGGGUUUAUUAGAGAAGUCAAAUACCCAACAUGGAUUUCAAGCAUUGUUCCAGGACUUGAUGAAGCAUGUCCCAAGGAUGACUUUUCAUUGCCAAUUGCCGAAUUGAUGAUCGAUGCCACAACCGGGCAUGAAGCAUUAACCUUCAUGGAUGGAUCUUUCGGUUACAAUCAAAUUCGCAUGUCACCAAAUGAUGAAGAGUUAACAGUAUUUCGAACCCCGAAAGAAAUCUAUUGCUACAAAGUGAUGCCAUUUGGGUUGAAGAACGUCGGUGCCACCUACCAAAGAGCCAUGCAGAAGAUAUUUGAUGAUAUACUUCACAAAAUUGUUCAGUGCUAUGUAGAUGAUUUGGUAGUUAAGUCUAAGAAACGAAGUGAUCACCUACAAGAUCUGCGAAUGGUUUUUGAGCGAUUGAGAAAGCAUCAGUUAAAGAUGAAUCCGCUAAAAUGUGCAUUUGGUAUCAAGUCCGGAAAGUUUCUUGGGUUCAUUGUUCGCCAUCAGGGGAUAGAAAUCGAGCAAGCAAAGAUUGAUGCGAUAAUAAAAAUGCUUGAACCUCAAAAUAUCCAUGAUUUGAAGAGUCUGCAAGGAAAAUUAGCAUACCUGAGAAGGUUUAUUUCAAAUUUAGCUGGGAGGUGUCAACCUUUUAGCCGAAUUAUGAAGAAAGCACCUAUGCCAGGACGCCCCUUGAUAUUGUAUAUUGCCGCUCAAGAACGAUCAAUGGGGGCAUUACUUGCGCAAGAAAACGAAGGUGGAAAGGAGAACACAUUGUACUACUUGAGCAGGACAAUGACGCCAAAUGAAUUGAAGUAUACUCUAAUUGAAAAGUUGUGCUUGGCGUUGAUCUUUUCCAUCCAAAAGCUUAAGCAUUAUUUUCAAGCUCACACGGUCCGCCUUGUAUCUAAGGUACUGGCUGAUUUCUUAGCAGAUCACCCAAUUCCUGCUGAGUUGGAGUUAAGUGACGAUCUCCCGGAUGAAGAUGCACUUGCAAUCGAUAUUGCCCAACCUUGGUGGAUGUUUUUUGAUGGAGCAUCCCAUAGAGAAGGAGUUGGUGCUGGGAUCGUGUUCGUAUCACCCGAACGUCAAGUGUUGCCAUAUUCCUUCACCUUAACUGAGAAUUGCUCUAACAAUGUAGCAGAAUAUCAAGCUUUAAUCCUCGGUUUGGAGAUGACGUUAGAUAUGCAACGAUCGCACCUCAAAGUAUAUGGUGAUUCCAAAUUGGCGGUUAAUCAAAUACUUGGGUUGUAUGAAGUGAAGAAACCUGAGUUACUGCCAUAUGUCAAGUAUGCUCGGAAGAUCAUUGGGUGGCUUGGAGAUGUGGAGCUUGAGCAUAUUCCAAGAAAUGAAAACAAACAAGCAGAUGCCUUGGCUAAACUUGUAUCCACCAUAGCUAUGGUCAACGGUGAAACCCAUAUACCAGUAUGUGAAAGAUGGGUCGUACCACCUAUUUUUGAAAAUGAGAAACGCGAAGACAUCGAAAGCCAUCUUGUUGAAGUCUUCGAAAUUGAAGAAAAAGAUUGGCGCCAACUUGACAAAAUCAUCAGGGGGCAUUUAUACAUUCUAGUUGCGACUGAUUACUUCUCCAAAUGGGCUGAAGCAGUACCAUUAAGAGAAGUGAAAAAAGAGACUAUUGUUAAUUUUAUCAAAACCAACAUCAUCUAUCGCUAUGGAGUUCCCCGCUAUGUCAUAACUGACAAUGGAACACCUUUCAGCAAUGCGUUGAUAAGUAAACUCUGUGAAAAAUUUGGCUUUAAGCAACGGAAGUCGUCGAUGUAUAAUGCGCUAGCAAAUGGGUCGGCUGAAGCAUUCAACAAAACCUUGUGUAAUAUGUUAAAGAAAAUUGUUUCAAAGUCAAAGCGUGACUGGCAUGAACGCAUUGGAGAAGCAUUGUGGGCAUAUCGAACCACUUAUAGAACUCCCACGCAGGCAACACCUUACUCAUUGGUAAAUGGAGUUGAAGCCGUCAUUCCCCUGGAACAACAAAUCCCAUCUUUGAGGAUGGCCAUCCAAGAAGGACUAACUGAAGAAGAAAAUGCACGUCUGUGCCAAGAAGAGCUGGAAGCUCUAGAUGAGAAAAGGCUAGAGGCUCAGCAGAAGUUGGAAUGCUAUCAAGCUCGCCUUUCGAAGUCCUUCAACAAGACAGUACGAGUGCGUUUCUUUCAAGUUGGAGAUCUAGUCCUCGCUGUGAGGAGGCCAAUUAUUGUCACUCAUCGUGUUGGAAACAAAUUCGUAUCGAGAUGGGACGGCCCAUAUGUCGUCAAGGAAGUCUACACAAAUAGAGCAUACAUGCUUCUUUCUGAUGACAACGUCAGAGUUGGGCCUAUCAAUGGAAAGUUCCUGAAACGCUACUAUCCAUGA